GUCAAUGUAAAUUGGGCUUGUUCACUGGCCCGCGCCCCACUCGAUCGAAGAAAUAACGUUUGUGCAGAAGAGCCGCAGGGGGACCCGACGAAGGACCUUAUCCUCCAAGCCGAAGCAGAAGUUCAGCACAGCCAUGGCGUUGCUAACAGCAAGAGCACUGCCAAUGACACCUCAACGGCUCAGCACCAGUUCUCUUUUCUCGUCUUCUCAAUCUGAAACCCUAGACCUUUCUCUCCUCUAUUCAACUCCUUCCCUCUCAUUCUCUGCCACCACUUCCUCUCCACCAAUCCCAUUUGUGUAUUGCGGAAGAGGAGACAAGAAGACUGCCAAAGGGAAGCGAUUCAACCACUCAUUUGGCAAUGCGAGGCCACGGAACAAGAAGAAAGGUAGAGGACCGCCCAGGAUACCAGUUCCCUCUUCUCCACCAAAAAAAGAUAGCUUUGAAGAUGAUGCUGUUGUCACGAUUGAGAUCGAUGAGUCUCUGAGCUAAAUAUGAUCCCAUAUGAUUUUCACUCUCUGUAGUUUCUAAGCCUUGAAUUUGCUUUUUCUUCUUUUCUUACUAUUUAUGAUUAGUAUUGUAUGUGUUACCUUGCUAAUUACAGUUUCAAAUUCGCAUCCAUGGAUCUAUUUCUCUUA